AUGGGAAGUGGAAUUAGUUCAGAGAGCAAGGAGUCAGCCAAAAGAUCAAAAGAACUGGAGAAAAAGCUUCAGGAAGAUGCUGAGUGAGAUGCAAGAACUGUAAAGUUGCUGUUAUUAGGAGCAGGAGAAUCUGGAAAAAGUACCAUUGUGAAACAAAUGAAAACAGGACUUCUUGAUCAUGACCCCCGAUCACACUGCUUUGGGGGUCUCAGCCCCAUCCUGCCCCCAGGUCAUCUCACAUUCCCUUAUAACACCACGGCUGAAGACCAAAGACAACUUUAUGUGAUAACAAAUACCCUGGAAGAUGGCAGCAUGACGCCUGAAUUGGCUGAGGUAAUAAAACGACUGUGGAGAGAUCCAGGAAUUCAGGCCUGCUUUGAAAGGGCAUCUGAAUAUCAGCUCAAUGACUCAGCAGCUUACUACCUGAACGAUUUGGACAGAAUAGCAGCUCCUGGCUACGUCCCAAAUGAGCAAGAUGUUCUACAUUCUCGAGUGAAAACAACUAGAAUCACUGAAACUCAAUUCUCCUUUAAAGACUUGCAUUUCAGAAUAUUUGAUGUAGGUGGACAGAGAUCUGAGAGAAAGAAAUGGAUUCUACUUGAAGGAGUUACAUGGAUUAUAUUUUGUGCUGCACUCAGUGCCUAUGACAUGGUCUUGGUGGAAGGUGAAGAAGUGAACAGAAUGCAUGAAAGCCUUCACCUUUUCAACAGUAUCUGUAAUCACAAGUACUUUGCAACCACCUCCAGUGUCCUGUUUCUCAAUAAAAAAGAUCUCUUUCAAGAAAAAGUAACCGGGCUUCCCUGGUGUAUCUGCUUUCCGGAGUACAGUGGUCCAAAUACAUUUGAAGAUGCAAGGAACUACAUCAAGAACCAGUUUCUAGACCUGAAUUUAAAAAAAGAUAAGGAAAUUUAUUCCCACAUGACCUGUACUACAGAUACUCAAAAUGUCAAGUUCGCAUUUGACGCCGUUACAGAUAAUAAAGAGAAUCUGAAAGACUGUGGGCUCUUCUAA